UUGAGAGAGAGGAAGAAAGCAAGGCAAGAAAUUUAAUGACACUAGAAACAGAACAGGAACAACUGACAACGGAUCUUAGAAAACACGAAGAAACAAAGGAACUGUUAUCAAAGAAUGUGAAGACGCUUGAGAAAGACAAGAAACAACUCACAGACAGAGUAGUUGCUCUUGAGAGAGAGGAAGAAAGCAAGGCAAGAAAUUUAAUGACACUAGAAACAGAACAGGAACAACUGACAACGGAUCUUAGAAAACACGAAGAAACCAAGGAACUGUUAUCAAAGAAUGUAAAGACGCUCGAGAAAGACAAGAAACAACUCACAGACAGAGCAGUUGUUCUUGAGAGAGAGAAAGAAAACAUGGCAAGAAAUAUAAUGACACUAGAAACAGAACAGGAACAACUGACAACGGAUCUUAGAAAACAUGAAGAAACCAAGGAACUGUUAUCAAAUAAUUUAAAGACGCUUGAAGAAGAAAAGGAAAAGCUCAUAAACGGAGUAACGGCACUUAAAAGAGAAAAAGAAAACUUGAUAAGAAAAAUAACGACACAAGAAUCAGAAAUGGAACAGCUGACAAAGGAUCUAAAGGAAUAUGAAGAAAAUAAGGAACUGUUAUCAAAGAAUGUAAAGACGCUUGUGAAAGACAAGAAACAACUCGCAGACAGAGUGGUUGAUCUUGAGAGAGAGAAAGAAAGCAUGGCAAGAAAUACAACGACACUAGAAACAGAAAAAACCCGACUGACUCUGGAUUUUGAGACGCUUGCGGGAGAAAAGGAAAGUUUGGCCAAGAGUCUGGGGACACUCAAAGAAGAGAAAAUAUCAAUGGAAACGAACUAUGAGCUAAAGCUAACAGAACUCAGGGAUUUGCAACAUGAAAUUCGUUUAAAGGAGGAGGAAAACCACCAAAUAAAAAUGGAGAUUUUAGAAUUAAAGACACCCAAAAAGAAAUCUAUCGUAUUGGGAGUGAGAUACGGCAGUUCAAUCGGAAAGACAAUGGUGGAUAUGGUUACAGGAGAACUGACGAAAGGUUUAGAGCAGAUGAUGGACAUGACAAAGUUCGACCUGACCAUUAAACUUUAUCAUAAAGCAUCGGAAACCCCGAAAGGGCCAAUGGUCGUGCUAUGUUUGAACAUGUCAAGGGUUGGAACAAACAUGCAAAACGCUCUAGCAGGAAUCGAAGUCAACAGUGAUGUAUCGGUAUUGGUGCUUCACCAUACUAACAAAGACAACCUUUCGUCACUGACACCUACGAGUCUUCGUGUGGGGAAAGAAUUCAGAAAGCUUGGUGCUAUUCUGGACAUGGCCUUUAGCAGUGAUGACGGGCUGUAUGAUUGUGACCUGAACACCACAGCCAUUGACAAAUUGGCAACGAUUCUGAAGAAAUGCUAGUGAUAUGUUUCGUAAGGAAAACCCAAGACGCUAAACAUGCUAAUCUUUUUUGAUGAGUAGCUUCCCAUAAAAGUUUAUCUAUCUGUUAUUAUAAAUACAUUACCGCGUCAUUCCUCUUUCAAACUAAAGAGGGAUGAUCCUGUUAUCCAACUGUCAUAACAGUCCGUGGUCAUAUUUCUGUCAAAUAAUUAAGGACUUUGACUUAAAAAUGUUUCCUCUGUCGCUUAUUAUGCGUUGUUAUUCUUAUCGAUGACGACAGAUACUCCGAAUAUACCGGAAGUGGAACAUCAAACCAUAGAUAGAGCAGAGACGUAUAUAUUUCAUGUAAUAUAUACGUCUCUGGAUAGAGGGAGCGUCUAGAAAUACAAGUAACAGAAAUAUUAACACUGUUCUCUAGAUAAUAUUACUCGUUUUGAAAUCUUUAGGAAUGUCUUGAUGCCGUCAAACAUUCUCGUCAGAAAAAACCCUGUUAUUUUACUGUAUUCUCUUUAGCUUUUCCUUUAAAAAUGUCGAAAUGUUUAACGAAACAAUAUCCGAUGGAUAAUUUCUAAAAGAAUCUCAUAUAAGUUCCCUCUCCAUCAGAGUUUUAUGAUAAAGUCGUUAGCUUUAUUAUGAUAGUUAUCCGUAAUAUACCUCUUUCGGGAUCCGUCUUUUAGUACAUUUAAGGUAUAUUACUCAAGCGUUUCGCCAUUAAGGCAACUGGUUAUGCAUGUCCAGCUGGCAUUUUAUGUAAACACUUCUCUUUUUUUCCGCAGAAAAUGUAUAAAAAGAAGGUCAAAACCUCCAACGCUAUAACCGACUCCGGUUUCAACAGAUGGAUUGUAUAGGCUGUUAUUAUCACAUAUCAUCAGGUUCGUUAUCAAUUGUUUACCUGUUGUGUACAUCCGUCAACAGAAAGUGUGUAUAGUCUGUGAUUGUCACAUAUCAUCAGGUUCGUUAGUUGUUUACCUGUUGUGUACACCUGGAAUACAAUUCAUAAACUACCCGCGACAUUUAUCGGAGAUAUGUGGGAGGACUUGCUGUAGCAUAUGUAAAGUAGCUAAAAUAAAAUAACUUCUACACCAAAAUAUAUCUAAUCAUCUAUAAUCAAAUACGUGAUAUGUGUGAUACUGUCAGAUUAAUUGAUCUUUUUAAAACGAACAAUUGCUAGUUGGUAGUUCAGUUGUGUCGGAUGAAAAAUAUCUAAUCGAGAAUUUUAAUGUUAAAGAGUAGUUUAAAUGAGUAGUAUUGAUGUCAUAUGUAACUGUGUCUUCUACAUAAGUAAUUUUAGUCUCUGUAUAUAAGUAACGUGCUGUAUAGUAAAUAUGUAGCGUAUUAGUCUCUGUAUAUAGUAGAAUAGUAACAAAUUAAUCUAUGUAAAGUACAGUAGUAAGAGAUCAGUCCUUGUACAUAGUUUAGUAGUAACAGAUUAAUCUGUGUAUAGUAGUUACAUAUUUGUCUGUGUAGUAUAAAGUAGGAAAACGUUAGCCUCUGUACAUAGUAUAAAAGUAACAGAUUAGCAUGUGUAUAUAAUAAUAGUGACAUAUUAGUCUGUGUAUAGUAUGGUAGUAACAUAUUAGUCGGUGUAUAGUAUGGUAGUAACAUGUUCGUAUGUGUAUAGUAUAGUAGUAACAUAUUAGUAUGUAUAAUAUAGUAGUAACAUUUUAGUCUGUGUAUAAUAUAGUAGUAACAUGUUAGUCUGUGUAUAGUAUAGUAGUAACAUAUCAGUAUGUGUAUAGUAUAGUAGUAACAUGUUAGUCUGUGUAUAGUAUAGUAGUAACAUAUUAGUCUGUGUAUAGUAUAGUAGUAACAUGUUAGUCUGUGUAUAGUAUAGUAGUAACAUGUUAGUCUGUAUGAUAUAGUAGUAACAUGUUAGUCUGUGUAAAGUAUAGUAGCAACAUGUUAGUCUGUGUAUAGUAUAGUAGUAACAUAUUAUUCUUCCCCUCAAUAAAUUCACACCACAAUUAUUGAUUGUAUAUAUUGAAACAUAAAACCACCGGAAGUACAAGGGAAGCAGGCGUUGAGAGAAAAGGCAAAACAUUGUCUUAAAAUGUUUUAAAACUGAUAUAUUUGCAAAUACAAGGUUUAAGUGAUGUGAAGUAUUUACCGAAGUCAUUGUAAACUUUCAAGGCGAUAUUAAGUCUUAAUUGAAAACAAUAACAUACAUGUAUAACUUUUCAACUAGGCUAUUUAUUUUACUUGAGGUAAUUGUAUAGGACGAAUGGAUGACUUUACGUGUAAUUUUCUUGCUUUGUUAAUGUUAGUUAUGUUUUUUAUGAUUAAAACAAUUUUAUUUAUAUAUGUUAUAUAUAGCUCAAGCUUAAUUAAUGUUUGUGAAUGUUUUAUAAAAUAACCGGAUCGCUUGUCUCUGUCUUUAUAGUAUUUUUUACAUACGCUUCAUUGAUGCUUUUCAAUGUUUUAAAUAUCAUGUGUAUGUAUCCGUCUAUUAAAAGCAGUUUUUCUUUACCUACCCUAAUUUAAUUUUAAUUUUAUAAUACAUCUUAAACGUAAUAAAGGCAGUGCAUGGCUGUCACUAGUUUUAUGUUCUAUAUGCCUAUUUAUACGUGUAAUAAAAACAUAGAUUUUUUCUGCGUGUAUUUUCACAUUGUUUUUCGACCAUAAAGACUGCAUAAUUUAAGGCCACCAUACACAAAAACUCACAGUUCGUUAUUAUAAGUGUGAAUUAGGAGGAAUAUAUUGUAUUUAGUUAAACUAAAUCAUAAGUUUUCAAACAAAUCAUACAUGAAAAUAUAUCUCACUCUCCUAUCACACAUAUUGCAACACAAUAACGGCUAUGAGCGUCGGAAUUAUUUUCCUUGCACCAAAUUGACCAACAACAGAGGUUUCCUUUGAUACUCAAGAACUGGAGUUAUUCAAAGUUCCAUUUUGAUCAUAUAUGAAAUUAUAACAUAUUAAACAUUAAUUAGUAUCUUUUAUUCCUUUUUUAUUAAUAUACUUUUGAUAUUAAACACAAACUAAAUAAAAUUAUUUAAUAAGGUACGCGUAAGAUCAGCGUGUCAUUUUUUCAAAACGUUUUCAACAAUCUAUUUUUAAAACUUUUGAAUCAAAAUAUUUUCUCAUCUCUUUUUUCAUAUACUCGUGUAAUUAUAAAUAUUCACUGUAUUAUUUGGGUUCAAGAGCUGCCCUUGGCCUUGACGAUGUAACGUGCAUAUUUGGGACUAUAUCUUGCUCAUUUUUUCGUUUUUUUUAACCUUGAAUAUCAAUACAUUUAAAGUAACAUUGCUGUACAUGUAUAUCUUCGUCCAUCAUUUUACAACAUGAUAUUUUCAGUUUACAGUAAAAAUGUGUGCUUUUUUUUGGGAUUUCUUGAGUUAUAAUGUUAUUCUUCAACAUUAUUGCACUAUCUUUUUAGUCAUAUAUUUCUUUUGUUUUGAUAUAUAAAUUUGAAUUGUGAUUUUGGUUUUACACUGUAUUUACAUAGUUCUAUUUUUUACUAGUUUUACUGGGUUUCCGUCAUCCUCGAUAUCCAGGGGUUAUGCUCACUUUCGCUCUCUGCAUCCCUGAAAUAUGUCAGGCUCGGUG